AUGUCGACAGUCGCCGAGGACUCCUCUACUACGGGACAUUACUACGUAAAACUGCCUCAGGCAGAACAACGGGUUCGGUAUACGGCAGACGACACCGGCUAUCACGGCGCCGCGGCGUUGAACGCGAGCGACGACCACCACUCGCACACAGCCAACUUCGCCUUAGGGCAGACCGCUAUAGAUCUCAAUAAACUGGAUUAUGGAGGGCUAACCACCACGAUACAGCCAGCUAAUCUAGUCUCAUCUAAUACUCAGCCAAUCGAUAUAUUUCUCAUCCAACAACAGUUCACAUCUCCUUCCGCUCAAGAAAAUAAUUUACAGAUAUCGUCACCGUCCAAUAUUCAAUACUCCGCUCCGUAUAUAACGCCAUUUUACCAAAUACAAACACAGCGUCCAAAUGGCAAUCAAAAGAACGCAUCCGAAAAUCCCAAUGAAGAAGACUUAAAUCAGGAAAAAACUGAUGAAACUAUUGUUACUCCUUUACCAAUUCUACAAGUGUUCAAAAACCAUAAAUGCAGUACCGAAAACCCUAGUACUGACGUGCCUUCAGAGACAAUAGAUGAUAAUAUAAACAGUUCCAAAGAUUUAAUCGCGGAUAUUACAUCCUAUGAAAUUCACAAGAUCAACAACUUUGGUCUGAGGGACGAAGCUAAAAGACCACUUACGUACAGAGGGGCUGUGCAUUUCAAAGUUGAAACACCCAGACCUAACGCUAGAAACGAAAGGUUUUAUUAUACAACUGAUUAUGCGCCGAUUAUAUCUGAAUCAAAUAAGGUUAAUAUUACACAAGAAGGGAUCAAAAAAUUAGUGGCUUCCACACAGGACCUAAUUAGCAACGACGAUCUUUUAAAAAUCAAUCACGCCGCAGAGAAACACGUAAAUGAUCUUUCCGAAGACAUCAUCAAACCUAAACCUAGAUUUCAUGCACAGACUAAAUCUAGAAAUCUUAAAAUUGAAAAUAGACCACCCGAAAUCACUGUGAGAGCUAAAAUAGAUAACAUACUACGCGAUAUCGAAAACACGAGUGAUAAAUCUAAAUCGAAUAUCAUAGAAACAAAUUCUAAUGAUUAUAAAUUUGCCUCUCCUAUCGUUGUUCCUGACAAUACAUACGCUGAUUUCAAAGAGCAAAUCGUGAAUAAUCUUGUUUCUACAAUGGUACCGUACAUCGCAGAUGGCUAUCAGAUCGUUGGCGUAAAAAACGCAUACAACAAUACCAGUGACAUUGAUAUUAGUCAUGACACUGACGAGAAUGUAGUAGAUGUAACUCCAAGACCGAUUGGCCAGAACUAUCUAGCACCAAUCACCGUAGCUUUGAGACUGCUCAAUGCAAAUGAAUCGGCAACACUUAACGCGGUGGAUGAUCACGAAGCUUCUGACAGCGAACAAAUCAGUGAGACGGUCCAAAGUCCGAAACGUGAAAGAACCAUUGUCGAAGUCCAAGAAUCGUUACCGGUUGAAAUAACACACAUAAAUGACGUUGAGGUGCACGAAUAUUUGGAGGAAGGUAAAAGCAACGAUAAAGAACAUUUAGAAUUAGCUAAAUCGCUCUACAACACGUAUAUUGACGCCUUACGAUCGUCGAAGAAAAUCCAAGAUAAUUCCAAUAAGAUGCUAUAUAAAUAUGGUACUAUGAAUAGUUAUGAAAGUUCAGACAGUACAGAGAAGCAGGAUUACGAUUCCAAAGAGAAUCUGGAACAAAGUGAAAAUAUGCAAUCCGAGGUGCAAGUCAGACCGGACGAGGAUAAUGAUAGAAGCGAGUCGAUCGAUUACUACAAUAAUUACGAGAAACAAAAAAUAAUACAACCAAUUAUUGUUGAAAAAGAGGUACCUGUAACUAAAUUCGUUGAUAGGUAUAUUGAAAAACGAGUUCCAUACCCGGAGGCCGUGCCGGUACCGGUUGAUAGGCCAGUCCCAGUGGCGGUACCCUAUGAAAAAAUCGUAGAAAAACCUUUCGAGGUCACGAGGUACGUCGACAAACCGUACCCGGUUGAGGUACCGAGGCCUUACCCGGUCCAAGUCAAAGUACCGUAUCCGGUCGAACAAAAGGUCUACGUCGACAGACCUGUACACGUGCCUUAUUCGGUGGAAAAGGUAAUUGAGAAACAAAUCCUCCACCCGGUUCCCAUACCGACUCCUGUAGGAAUACCUUACGCAAUUCAAAUACCCGUAGAACACAAAAUAUUAUACCCGAUAACCGUCGAGAAACCAGUUCCAAUACCUGUGGAAGUCGAAAAACCGGUACCGGUUGAGAAGGUUGUACACAAAGAGAUACCAGUUCCGUACCCGGUUGAAAAACACGUACCUUAUCCGGUUCCGUAUGAAACAAAAGUAGCUAUACCUGUACCUAUAGAGCAUAGGGUGCCUGUAGAAAAAAUUGUAGAAAAGCCUGUUACUGUAACUAAAUACGUAGAGAAACCUGUACAUAUCGAAGUACCACGGCCGGUAGCUAUACCGAUUCAUAUUCCACAACCAUACCCGGUUGAUAGAAUUGUUGAAAAGAAAGUACCAUACCCAGUUCCGGUGGACAGAAUCGUGGAAAAGAAAAUCCCAGUCAAAGUUCCGUAUGCGGUCGAAAAGUAUAUCGAGAAAAUUGUCGAAAAACCGGUCGUGUUAACGAAGUACGUUGACAAACCUUAUCCCGUGGAAAAGCGGGUCCCUUACCCUGUUGAGAAGAUAGUAGAGAAACGGGUACCCUAUGCUGUGCAAGUACCGUACGAGGUCAGAGUACCGUACCCGGUCGAUAAACCUGUUCAUAUACCCGCGUACCGCUACUACUCGGAUGAGGAAGCGAGACACAUUAUCCGCUACCAGAAGCCGGAUCAACGUAAUACACAAACGCAGUUAUCACAAGCCCAAGCGUACGCGCGUUAUUUACAAAGUUUGAGUGAUAAAUACAGAAAUAACCGAAACGUGCAAUCAACUCUCUGGGGUAAUCAAUACGCAUCUUCUUACCAAUAUUUUAAUAAAACCGACAAACAGAUCGGUUUGAAAAAUGCGCAAAACAUAGCUAACUACAUCAACUAUUUACAACACACACAGAAUAAAUCGUUGAAUCAUAAUGGUUUGAAUAGAAACCGGAGUGAUUUUGUCGAAUAUCAACUCCGCGGGGCGGUGUUGCGCGCUCCUAAAACUUUGAAGAUCGAAUAUGGAGGUUUCAAGCCUCCAUUGGUUCCGAGUACUGAGGUAGACUUAGACGGGAUACCAGUAAAUAAACGGGACGACUAAUCAUGCCACGAGUGCUCUGAGGAAUUGUUUGAGAUGAUACCAUCAUCUCGUUUUUACUAUCGCACCGCUCGCCACCG